ACAGGUUGUCAUUUUGCACCUUUUCAAGUGGUUUUUCAAGUAUUUCGAUAAAUUAUUAAAAUCAUUGCUUAAUUAAUAUUGUGUAACUUUUAAUGUGGCGAAAUAUUGUGGAAUUUAAGUGGACGUUCAUAGUUUAUCAGAUUUACAGUUGGUAAAAUGGAAGGAAGUCACAUCAAUAACUUUGCGUUAUCUUUUCAAAACAAUCGCUUGAGCUACUGUGGACAAGACUGUUUAAAAAUCCCAUCAGCAUUAUGGAAAAUGUAUGGUGCUAAAGCCCAGUAUUUAGACCUAAGCUACAACAGUAUCGAGACUCUAAAGGGGUUGGAGCAGUUCACGAGAUUGGAGGAACUGAUUUUGGACAAUAAUAAAUUAGGGGACUCAGUCAACUUCCCGCGCCUACCGCAGUUGAGAACCCUCUCGCUUAAUAACAACCAGAUUGCGGAUUUGGAAGAAUUAAUUAAGAAGAUCAGUGACAGUUUUCCAUCUUUGUCAUACUUGAGUCUUCUCAGCAAUAAGGCAUGCCCUAAUCAACUAUCUGAUUUGGAUAAAGAUGACUCGGAUUACCAAAGAUACAGAUUCUACGUGAUUUACAAACUCCGCAACCUUCGCUUUCUGGACUCACGCCGUGUGUCGUCAUCAGAGCGCGCGGAGGCCGCCACUCGCGGCGAAUUCGCGCUCGUUCGCCGCCCAGCACACUGUGACAUCAUAGCACACACCACGACCGUACUGUCCCCUCCGCGCCCGUUACCACUUGACUUAGCGUCGUUGGGCAAACACAGAGGUGCCUACGGAAAAUGUCAUUAUAAGUAUACGGGCAAGCAUUCUGAAGGCAACAGAUUUAUAGUUAAUAGUGACUUGUGAACAUGAAAAACAGGUCACUUCGGGAGCGAAUGUGGCAGCGACAACAGCAGUGGCAGAACGAGGGCCGUGUUUACACCCUCGUGUUCAUACUUCCCUACUAGCUGCUGUGAAUUGAGCUGAAUUUACAUUCGUUAUGUAUAGACAUAUAUAGAGGUGCACGCAGAGAUCUCGCCUAGAUCCGUAGGGAGUCCGACUAACACUUAGCCAGUUUUAAAAAACAAGGCGGUUAUGGGAUGAUAUUAUAUAAAAGCUUUAUUUACUAGAGUAAUUUAAAUUUUAUCCAAUAUUGUGUUCAAUCGAAUAUUUUUUUAAGCCAUUUAGAUGCAUUUAUGUUGGUUGUUAUUCCUAUCUUACAACGACGAGUCACGUAACUAACUUAAGAUUUGUAAUACUUAGGUAAAAAGUAGAUCUCGGCGGUAUGAAGUGUUUAAUGAAUACAUUACUUGUAGGUAAUGUUUAUUUUGUAAGUAGUAAUCCAUUAAUUUGAGCCAUAAUCAUUUAGAAUAGUGUAAUGACCAAACCUAAAUAUACAAGGGUUUUACUGAGACCAUAACCAUUAUUUUAAACGUUAUAUUUUUGUAUGAAAUAAAACUGAUUAUUUUAUUGUAA